GACAUAGAUCACCACUUUUGACAUUUGACUUUGGAUCUUACCCACAUUUGACAAUAGACUUUUCCGUUGAUCUUUUUCGUUUGCUAUCCACCCCUUACCCACCACAUAUAGUGUUUCUUAGCCUUUUGCGUGUGCUUUGAGUGUGUGUGUGUGAGUAACCCCGGUACAAUUUUGGCUUUGCUCUUGACUUGAACCAUUUUUCCGAUACUUUCUUGAAAGGUGGGAUACUUGUGUAGUUUUUCUUCCACCAUACAUAUACACCUAUCCUAGUGAGAUAUACAUGAUGACCCCACAAGAGCAAGCCGAGAUGAGAGCAUACUUCGCCGAGCUAGAUGCUCGAGAAGCCCAAAUGACACCCAAUGACAAAGCCGAGUGCAAAUCCUACUUCAAACACCUUGAGAGCAAGAGUGAUACACACCAUGAGUCGAGUAAGGAUGUUUCGAUUUCUAACAACUUAACCUCUACUCCGCUUGUGUUGUCUUCCUCUUUGCUAGGUUGCUCGGACAUCGACGACGCCAUUGCCAUGGAGAUGAGGGACUCCACUAUAUGUGAGAUGAGCGACUCCACUAUAUGUGAGAUGAGCGACUCCACUAUAUGUGAGCUUGAUGAGUGCCUCCACUUCGAGAGCAUGAGCGAUACACAAAGUGAGAUGAGAGUGGUAGUUGAUAGGUCAUGUGAGGCCAUUUUCAACUCUAACAUCUUACCCUCUACCUCUAGUGUGUUUCCUUGUGUCUCAUUAGGUUCCAUGGAUGACGAGACACCGAUCAUGGAGAAGAUGUACAUGGUGCAUGAAGAUGAUGAUAUCACACCAUGCUUGUUGCUUGAACAUGAACAUGGAGGCCACAUCGAGCCUACCUCUUCCACAACACCUACCUCAUAUGAGCGGGACUACAAAGGUACCUAUAUGGGUGUUGAUGAUGCCAUGAUCCCACUAGUGGACAUGAUGACUUAUGAGUGCAUGCAUGAUCUUGAUGAUACAAUUGCUAUGUCAUAUGCUUCUUUCACUCUCCCUUGUGAUACUUGUGCCAACAUUGUUGAUCAUGUGGAAUUAGUUGCUUAUGAUAAUAUGUCCAUGCCAUGCUAUGAGAGUUUCACUUUCUCUCCUAUUGCUUGCAAUAUGUCGAACAAUUGCUCUUUCCCAUGUAUUGCUUGCAAUGAAAAUGAUAAUGCUUGUGUUGUGACAACCUUGAUGAACAAUUGCUCUUUCCCUAGGUUGGUCAACAACAAUGAUGAAAUUUUGAAAAUGUUUUGUGCUACAUGCUUGCAAUAUUCUCCCAUUAGUGCAACCAAAAUGUUGAAUACUUGCUCUUUCCAAUGCUUGGUUUGCAAUGAUGUUAAUAUGCUUGUGAAUGAGAUUGCCCCCAUAGCUCUCUCACCUUUUGGAGACUUUGCACAUAUCCAUGUUGCGCAUGUUCCUAGGUUUUCCCCGCAUAUUCACCAUGUGUACUAUAAUAUCUUGCUUACCGCUAAUGGUGAUGUGCAAAACAAAUGGCGCAUCAUGAUGGAUGAUGUGUUCAUAUACCAUGCACACACGUUGUUCUUGUUGUCUAACAUGUGUGUAGGUACCCAAACUCCAAUGUCAACCUCGAUUGCGCACGAGUUGACAAAAAGAGCUCUUGAGAGCAUGAUACAAGUGAGCUCCAAUGAAUGGUUUCGCUCGCACACUUCGACUACACAAGAUCUCUCAAUGAGAGCACACCGACAUCUUGCUAAGGGCUCUCGACAAGUGAAGGAACAUUCAAGCGUUGGUGUCAUCUACCUCCUCUACACAUUCACGAAGACUCAUCGUCGAGGACGACUCUUUUUCAAGUGGGGGGAGAUGAUGUAGCCCGACCUACGGUCUUCGCUUCAUCAUGUGCAUCAACGUCAAGAACCACACUCAAGGCCGAGGUCACGGAGGCAUGGAAGAGAAGAAGGAAGAAGAGCGUCCGAGGCCGCCUAGGAGAGAAGACGCCUGCCACAAGUCAAUUCGGGCCAAGGCCCAUGUACCCCUUUGUUUCCCUAAACUACCCCUCCUUAGUGGCUCCCUAUAUAUAGGCUCCCACCUCCCCCUUCAUUAGGGAAGGAAUGAACUUGAGAGAAUUAGGCUCAUGCCUCCACCAUCCCUUUGGGAUUAGGGAAACCCCCUCCUUAGAUUACCAUAAUCUAUUG